AUGCAGCUGCUCGUGGUAGUGGCCGGGCCUGUGCUCGCGUUGUUGGCGUUGCUCGUGGCUCGAACGAGGACGAGUUGGGGUCGACGCGUGUUUUUAUUGGAUGAUAAAGUGGUCGUCAUCACGGGCGCUGCCAAUGGCAUUGGACGGCGACUGGCGCACAAGGUCUUUAGCGAGACUCGUUGUGUGACGUUAGUCCUGCUUGAUAUCGAUGCAGAAGGGCUCGAGGGGCUUCAGACAGAGUUAUUACUACAGUCGACACAGAGGCACCACCACCUGAAUCAAAGCGUGUUUGUAUACGAGUGCAAUGUCGCUGAUUAUCGAGCAGUGAGUGCGUGUAUGGCUCGUGUGGUUCAGGAUGUUGCGCCAAAGCACAUUGGCGUAUUGGUGAAUAAUGCCGGUGUGGUAAUGGGACAAUCACUAGAGCACUUGACUCCCGAGCAGAUCCAAAAGACGUUUGCAGUGAACACGCUCGCACAUUUCUGGACCGUGAAGACAGCGAUGCCGUCGAUGAAAAAGGCGUCCGAAGCACUGCUUGUGACCGUGUCGUCCGUGAUGGGCAUGACAAGCAGCGCUAAACUGACCGACUAUUGUGCAAGCAAAGCUGCAGCCAAUGCUUUCCACGAAGCUCUUCGCUUAGAGCUGUGGCGCGAUAAUAUCACGUCGAUUCGGACGCUGUUGGUCUGUCCUGCUGCAGUGGACACGAGUAUGUUUGCUGGUGUUUUGGCUGCGGACGAUUGGGCGCUGAAGAUAUCGCGCUUUUGUAUUCCUAUACUUGCCGAGUCUGCGGUGGCCGACACGAUUUACCGUGCCAUGGUACGCGGCGACGAGUUGAUCGUAUCGUGUGCCUCAGGGUGGAGAGGGAUAGUACUGUCGUGGGCUCCCGCCAUUUCACGACUUUUGCCUGUACCAUUGUACGACCUUGUAGUUCGCUUGGGUGGUGGUCUGAAUGGCAUGGAUACGUUUGUCGGAAGGAACGGUUAUCGCGCACAAAGCAAAAAAGACAAGGACGAUUAG